AUGUGGGACAAGUUUGAUAACUAUACUCCUUUGAACACAUCUCGAAGGCGAAUCCUUAAGGAAGUCUUCCAAACUGGUUAUGUUCGCGUUGCUAAGCCCCCACCACUGAAAAAGGGGGGCCAGUGCGAUGAGACAAAGUUUUGUGAAUUUCAUAAUGAUACCGGUCAUACCACAGAUGAAUGCUUUGAUAUGAAGAACACCAUUGAGAUACUCAUCAGAGCAGGAAAACUUCAAGAAUUCAUUUCUACUUGCAGAGAGUUUGAGGCUCAAAGAAGGAACGCACGUUAUGACCGCACUAAUAGACAUGAAGGAAUACCAACACGGGAUAGACCACAAGCGACGCAACAACAACAACUGCCCAAUAAUGCUGCUGGAGUAUUAGCCACUAUCGUCGGAGGAACUGCCGGAGGAGGGGCCACUAGCUCGCAACCAAAGCGACAUUUAAAAUCAGUCAUAACAGUUCACGAUCAUAAACAGCCAUCUACAUCCCAUGCCAAGCGUCAAUCCAUAACUUUUGAGGAUGAUGAUUAUGGAGACAUCAUCCCAUACCACGAUGAUCCAUUAGUAAUUUCUGCUUGUUUGGCCAAUCUCCAGGUAAAACGUGUUAUGAUUGAUAACGGCAGUUCUGCUGACAUACUCUUCUGGGAUGCCUUCCGCGCAAUGAACAUCCCAGGCUGUACAGAUUUCAUUGGAUUUACCGGUGAAUGUGUACAACCGAAAGGUACCAUAGAAAUAUGGGUAACCUUUGAGGUCAUGCCUUUGGCUCGUACUAUUAAAGUACAUUUUUACGUUAUUGAAUACGCGUCUGCAUAUAAUGUCAUUUUAGGACGUCCAACUAUUGUUGCUUUAAAGGUAAUCAUUUCUAUGCCUCAUCUUUUGAAUGAAUUUCGAGACUCCACUGGCGCUAUUGUUGCUAUCAGAGGCGAUCAGAAAGAAGCACGUAGUUGUUAUAACACCAGCCUACGAGUGAAAUCAACGACUCAUCGUGCAGAGAAGGGAAAUACGUCAAUCAACAUGACCAACUUAGAUAUACGCGAAGAUUUGCGUGAUGUGCGACCGCAGCCUGAUGGUGAAUUAGAGGAUCUUCAACUUGGUCCAUUACCUGAAAACGUUACCAAAAUUGGUCGUCAUCUACCAGACACUGAGAAAAAGGAAUUGAUAGCGGUAUUAUCAAAAAACAAAGAUCUUUUUGCUUGGACAACCGCUGACAUUCUAAGAGUGGAUCCUGAUGUAAUAUGCCACCAUCUUACUCUUGAUCCUAAAGCAAAACCAAUCGCGCAGAAGAAGUGUAAGAUUUCUCCUGAAAAAUAG